AUGCACACUAGACUUUUGACUAACUUCCGGUUUAGCACUAGGCUAACUUUAAUUUGGAUAAAAUAAUUUAACCUUGUGUCUCUUCUAGACUUUCCAGAUGUUGUUGGACAGAAUAGAUUAAAUUCAGUCAUUUUGUAGGAGCUGUAACACUCAAUAAAUUGAAUCUACCUUUUACAGCAGCUUCUUUAUCAUGAGAUGUUGUCACUGCACAGUUUGACCACUAUGCUUCAAAUCCUGCUGCUCUUCCUGGGGGCUAAAGUCAAAGGCUGAAUCCCACUCAGCCACUCUUUGGCUUCGCAGACUGGCUCAAAUGUAACUCUGUAAUGCAAAGUAAGUUUCAUUUGUUUUUGUAGCUAGCAAUUGGAAAAACUGCAACACCACAUCCGUAUUACGGUGAAUUGUGGGUAAUUAUAUCUGCAGGUUUUAUUUCGUGCUCUCUGACCAGAGCGACGCUCAGCAUCGGUGUGGUCAGCCGCCCAAAAAUGAUGAAUGAGACCAUUGUUUUUAGUCAGUUUUGUUGCGAUUCAAAUUGCGACCAUUGGUGGCAGCACUGAGCACAGGUCUGUUGAGCACCACUCCGGUGUGUAAGUGAGGAAGAAAUUUCGCUCCAUAUUCAAUAUUUGUUUGUUUUGACUUUAAUUUAAAACCCCUGGGGCCCUCCGUCUGUUGUUGGAUUAAUCUCGUUACUUUGCACCCGGUUUACAUCGUUUUUUCCUCCACAAAGUUACCGAACUCUUUCCUUCUAUGUGGUCUCGUGGAGAUCUGCCUGAUGCAUCCCCUCGAUGUGGUGAAGACAAGGUUUCAGAUCCAAAGGGGAACCAGCGACCCCACCAGCUACAAGAGCCUGGGUGAUUGCUUCCGGACCAUCUUCCGCAAAGAGGGAGUCUUUGGCUUCUACAAGGGAAUCCUGCCUCCGAUUCUGGCAGAAACACCGAAGAGAGCAGUGAAGUUUUUCACCUUUGAGCAAUACAAGAAGCUGCUGAAUCUGACCCCUUUGUCUCCUGGUGUGGCGCUGUCUGUAGCAGGCCUCGGCGCAGGCUUGACUGAAGCUGUUGUCGUCAAUCCCUUCGAAGUGGUGAAAGUCAGUCUCCAGGCCAACAGAGAUUCCUUCAAAGAGCAACCCUCCUCAUUCGCUCAAGCAAGACGCAUAAUUAGGUCAGAUGGAUUCGGACUGAAGGGCCUGAAUAAAGGACUAACGUCAACACUGGGACGCCAUGGAGUUUUCAACAUGAUCUACUUUGGCUUCUACUUCAAUGUGAAGGAUACUCUUCCUACCAGCUCGGACCCUACCCUGGAGUUCCUGAGGAAGUUUACUAUCGGCUUAGUGUCUGGGACCAUCUCCUCCUGUGUGAACAUUCCAUUCGACGUAGCCAAGAGCCGCAUCCAAGGCCCCCAGCCUGUGCCUGGGGAGAUCAAGUACCGCACCUGCUUCCAGACCAUGACACUGGUGUACCGGGAGGAGGGGUACAUGGCACUGUACAAGGGCUUGGUGCCCAAGAUAAUGAGGCUUGGACCAGGUGGAGCAGUGAUGCUGCUGGUAUAUGAAUAUGUGUCUGGAUGGCUACAGAGGAACUGGUAAAACCAAACAAUCAAACAACAAACAAA